AGAUUUCGACUCAAACCCGCAAGACGAUGGCAGCAAGUGGCAAGAAACUCUGGGGCGGCCGGUUCAGCGGCGCGCUUGACCCGGUCAUGAACAAGUUCAAUGAGAGCCUCAGCGUUGACCAGCGCAUGUGGGCGGCAGACAUCCAGGGCAGCAAGGCGUACGCCAAGGCGCUCGCCGCCGCUGGCGUCAUCACUGCCGACGAGAACGCGCAGAUCCAGCAUGGCCUCGACCUCGUCCACGCCGAGUGGGCCGACAACAAGUUUGUCGUCUGUGCUGGUGACGAAGACAUCCACACCGCCAACGAGCGCCGGCUCACGGAGCUCAUUGGCAGUGCCGGUGGGAAGCUCCAUACCGGCCGGAGCCGCAACGACCAAGUCGCUACCGACGUGCGGCUGUACGUCAAGGAAGCCGUCAAGGGUCUGAGCCACCAAAUGGGCGAGCUUCUCGCGGUCGCGACGCACUUGGCCGAGACGCACAUGGCCCUCCUCAUGCCGGGCUUUACUCACCUCCAGCCGGCGCAGCCGAUUCGGUUUUCGCACUGGGUCAUGUCCCACGUGGCGGCGCUCCAGCGCGACGUCGAGCGUCUGAACGACUUGUCGAAGCGCGUCGACGUCUUGCCACUCGGUAGCGGUGCGCUCGCCGGGCACUCGUUUGGCAUCGACCGCGCGCUGCUCGCGACGGAGCUCGGGUUUGCGCGCAUCUCCCCCAACAGUCUUGACGCGGUGUGCGACCGCGACUUUAUUGUCGAGUUUAUGUUUUGGGCAUCCAUGACCAUGAUUCACUUUUCGCAGCUCUCGGAAGACCUCAUCAUUUACAACACACUGAAAUUUGUGACCAUGGCCGACGCAUACAGCACGGGCAGCAGUCUCAUGCCGCAGAAGAAGAACCCGGACGCGCUCGAGCUCCUCCGCGGCAAGUCGGGCGCCGUCAUUGGCCGCCUCAACGGCUUUAUGAUCACGCUCAAGGGCCUCCCCCGCAGCUACAACAAAGACCUCCAGGAAGACAAGUCGGCGCUCUUUUACUGCAUUGACAGCAUGGUCGACUGCAUCCAGAUCGCGGCCGGCGUCCUCGCGACGCUCACGCCCAACGGCGAGAAGAUGCGCGCGUUCUUGGUCACGGAGAUGCUGGCGACGGACCUCGCCGAGUACCUCGUGCGCCGCGGCGUGCCCUUUCGCGAGACGCACCACGUCGCGGGCGCCGCGGUCCGUCUCGCCGAGGACGCCAACAAGCCCUUGUCGGCCCUGACGCUCGCCGAGCUGCAGUCGCUCCACAGCAGCUUUGCACCGGAUGUCAUGGACGUCUGGAACUUUGACUCGAGCGUCGAGCGCAAGAACGUACCGGGUGGCACAAGCGCCGCGGCCGUGAAGGGCCAUGUGGAGAGCGUCAAGGCGUGGCUUGCGAAGGAGUACCAUCUCUAAGUCGCCACUAGAUCUAUAUGUGCUGCUGGCGUUAUCGCAUUAAUGCAAGUGGCUCCUUUCUUCAAUGCGA